AUCAAACCCAUAAACUCUUUGUUUUAAUUUGAACUUCAGCAAUGGCGAAUCAAGCAGCUAUUGCAGCAUUCUUCCUUUUCGGUUUAGCUGUCUUCUCCAACUUUGAACUCUCAGCUUCUAUGCUUGUCCUUGGCAAAGUGUCUUGCCUUGACUGCCACCGUGGUUUCGACUUCUCAGGCGUUAAGGUUCUCCUUAAGUGCGACGGAGAGAAGAAACAGAUAACCACAAUGACAACUUCAGACGGAUCUUUCAAGACAGUGCUUCCGACCACUGACAAAAAACAUUCCACGAACUGUCUUGCAAAGCUCUUGGGAGGUCCUGAGCAACUUUAUGGUCACAAACACAACAUGGUCUCUGAACUGGUUAAGUCCAAACACGAUACCAAAGUUCUUACUACCUCAAACCCACUUUCCUUCGCUCUCACAUGCCCUAAACCAACCGGGGAUAAUGUCGGAAAUAUGAUCGGAGAUUCAAAGACUGUUGAUUUUCCGGGGACAGGAGGUUUUGGAUUCCCACCUGCUAGCUUCUUUCCCUUCUUACCAAUCAUUGGCAUCCCAUGAUUUGAUUAAAUGUGCUUAAUAAGACUUGAAGAAGUACUUAUUAAUAUGUUUUGUUGUUUAUGAGAAUCUAAGACGAACUAAGGAGAGCCAAGACAAAAAAACAUUAUAGCAAAUUAUAGCUUUAUUUUUGUUAUGUGAGAUAUAUAUAAGGUUUGUUUAUGUGAUAAAGAGUGUUGUUUAAU